UAUAUAUACUCCUCCAUGCAACCGCCCCAUGCAGCAGCUGCAGCAACCACCUUCCUAGUUCCUCAGUCUCACCACCAACGACCACAACUGCUAACCAUCUCUCUUUCUCUCUCUUAGUGAGAGAAAGCAUGGACUACUCUUACUUCUUCUCGUCGUCCUCGGAGAAGAAGUCCUCGAAACGCCGGCAGCAGCAGCAACAGGACAAUGGCAACGCGACGAGGUACCUCGGGGUGCGGCGACGGCCGUGGGGCCGGUACGCGGCGGAGAUCCGGGACUCCGCCACCAAGGAGCGGCACUGGCUUGGCACGUUCGACACCGCGGAGGAGGCCGCCAUCGCCUACGACCGCGCCGCGCGCAACCUCCGCGGUGCCAGCGCCCGUACCAACUUCGCCUACCCCGACCUGCCACCGGGAUCCUCCGUCACCCCCUACCUCUCCCCCGACCUCUCCGCCGACCAGCUCCAUCACUACUACGCCAACCUCGUCCCCGCUGCUCCGCCAACGCCGGCCAGCAACCAGGCCGCUUAUGGCGGUGCCGGCAACGAGGCUUGCCACGUGCCGGCGAUGUCGUCCUACAGCACCGUCGACGCGUCAAUGGCCUACGGCGGGAACCCUGAUAUGGAUAUGUUCGACUGCGGCAAUGGCGCCGGUGGCGGGGCGUGGUGCAACGCAUCGGAGCUGGAGUUCGGCGGGUACGACGACGCGGCGGCCAACGCGUCGCACGAGAUGUACUUCGAGGAGGAGUACGUGCACAGCCCGCUGUUCUCGCCGAUGCCUGCCGCCGACGAGGUCGACGGGUUCCAGCUCGGCGGGUCGUCAUCUUCGUAUUACUACUGAUCGCGCCGAGACGUGGUCAACAGAGAUUAAUGCUGCCAUGUUGUCGAUCCGUGUCUGGCCGUUUCCGUCACCGGCGGCCGCGGCUCGGCGCUCGCCGGAGGGGGCUACAUAUACCUCCGGCGUGGUGAAUUGUGCGUGUUGUGCUUAAUUAGCUGUUUGACUUGUUGUGUUUU